GCUCCCGUUCCCAUUGCGACGGGCCGCCUUGUGUCCCGGCUGGCCGGCGCCGCUCCCGUUCCCACUGCGACGGGCCGCCUUGUGUUCCGGCUGGGCAGCGCCGGUCCCGUUGUUCCCAUCGCGGCCGGCCUCCUUGUGUCCUGGCUGGCCGCCGCCGCUCCCGUUCCCAUCGCGACAGCCCGCCUUGUGUCCCGGCUGGCCAGCACCGCUGCUCCCGGCCACCGCUCUCACUCCAGCCCCGCCGUCCCGCUGUUCCCUCCGGCGCCAUGAGCGGGCUGGGGCCGCAGCGGGAACUGGAGGAGGCCGCCGCCCUGGAGCGCCGGCGGCGGCGGGAGCUGCUGCGGCGGGGCCGCAUCUUCAACCCACGGAUCCGCACCAUAGGGAUUGAUAAAGAUGCAUUGGAUGCACAGGUCAAGGAGAGGAAAAUUCAAGAAGCAACUGAAAAAGCAGAACAUGAAAGAUUCGCUCAUGACAUGAAGAAAAAUGACAAGCUCAUGUGUCUGCUAGAAGAACGCCAGAAAAAUGAAAUCAAAGACCUGAAUAAGGCUCUAACUGAAUUCCAUAAGAAUUUUCAGAAGCCGGAAACAAGACGUGAAUUUGACCUGAACGAUCCACAAGCCCUAAAGAAAGACAGACCUGCUCGAGUUUCAGAUGAUGAUCCUCGGUGUACUAUAUCUGGCAUGCAGAAGUUUAUGGGUGAAGACUUAAACCAUGAUCAGAGGAUGAAGUUUCAAAAGGAGCAGUUAAGGGAGUGGUCUCUUCAGCAACAGAAAGACUUGAAAAAUGCAUUAGCUGACCAAAAACUGGCAGAUGAUCUUUAUGACAAGUUUAGGAUUGAACUUGACCGAAAGAUUAUGGAAGAACAAAGAAAAGAAGAGGAAAGCAGGCGUGCUGUUUGUACAGCUACAAAAAAUUUCAAUAAAAUCCAGGUUGCUGAACUAGAUCAUAAAAAUGAAUUGGAAAAGGCUCAAAAAAUAAAAGAUGACAUGGAUGAAAUUACCUGCCUCCUUCGAGGAGACUUCCUUUCUGAAAACCCUGACCAAGCAAUCGGUCCCGGGGGUAAACACAAUGUGCUCGUCAAUCGAUGGAAGGGAAUGAAUCAGGAGCAGCUGAUGGCAAUUCGUGAAUUUCAAAAGGAACAAGCUCUGGAGAAACAGAGAGUAAAAGAGCAGGAACGCCGAAGAGAAGCGGAAUGGGACAGGCAGCGUCUGCAGGCUGCGAGAGCCCAGUUGCUUUGGGAGCGGCAGCAGCAGCGGCAGAACCAGGUACAGCGCCGAGAUUUGGAUGCUGUGAACGCAGAGCUCUCUCAGGAGCAAAAAGCAAAGAACACUUAUCUUAAAGAGGAAGAAUAUUCAAAUAUUCCAACAGAGGAGUUUUAUGCACAGUUUAAUACAACCACCCGGUGAUGAUCUGGAUAAAUCAACCAGAAUUACAGAAGUAUGUAGACACAUUAAAAUUUUCAGUUGAGCAAUCCCAUGUUUUAUUGUUUUUAUCUGUUCCCUGACCUGUUCAAACAUUGCUUUCAAACUAAAGAACAGAUCUGUUCUAAGAAAAGGAAAACAUUAUAAUAAUUUUUAGACAUGAUUGUUGUUUUGAAAGGACUAGUAGGUUCAGUAGUAGGUUGUUUGACUCUUGUGUCUUAAGCUUAGCUGUAAUAUUUACAUUAUUCAUACCUACAGGAAUCGAUUUCUGGAAAGAAAUCUGAAUUUUAACUACAGUGCUGCUUUAUGCAAUUUGGCCAGAGGGGAAUGCUGCCUCCCAUAGACCACAAGAGAUGCGCUUCUCUGGGAGGAGAGGAAGAUGACCUAGGCAGAAAAUUUUGUGUUGGCUUCUUUGUGGUUUGGUUUUGGGUUUUUUGUUUUGGAUUUUCUUAAAACAAAAAACCCAGCCAGACAGAAAGGCAAGGAAGAAGGAAGAAGUGGUCAAGUUGGUCAGAAACAUUGUGAAAAGUGGGAAUAAGGAGAAAAGAGUUCAAUAGUCAUCGAGGUGAUUAGUGCACUGAGGCAUGACACUAAAACAGAAUGUGUGUUAGAAUUAGUGUGGAAAAGCAGGGGAAAGUAUUCCUACAUACACCCUCAUGCUUUGGAAAUAAUGGAGGAGGUUUCAGUAAUGUGCUGCUGAAGGAGAGUGGGGACAAUUCACAGGCGUGAUGGAAAAGGGGUGAAAAGGCAGGUGUGCACCAAAGUCAAGGAGAAAAAUCUGAGCUUGUGCUGGGUAAUUCAUGGAACCUGUGUACUUCCUGUCUUCAUGGUGACAGUAUUGACUUAGCAAUUAAAGAGCCAGUUAUUGACAUUUGAAAAUGGGUGAGCACCAGCACAGGGCAGAAAACAAGGAGAAGCAAUGUAGAAAACUAACUGCAUAAGGGAAAGGGAUGGUGGAGCUAACUAGGGAAUUGAAUCCAGAAGAGAAAGAGCUGAAAUGGAAAGGACUGCAAAAAGGGUUAGAAUACUAACCUAGGAUUCAGUAGAUCUGAAAGAGGAGGAAAAAAUGAGUCAGAUGAGAGAUUCAGCUAAGAGUGCAAGACCUCUAAUAUUGUGAACCUUAAAUAAAAAUAGAGCCCAUUUAUAAGGAUAGAUCUUGAACUGUAAUUUGCCAGCACAUGGGACAUAAAUCUGAGGUAAAAACAUCCUGAUGAUGUUGGCAUGGAGUCCACUGAUUGUUCUUUGCCUCAGCAGUAAUGGUAACGUUUGGUAAUGAACUUUGUGGUGAAACAGGUUGAAGAUGUCUCCGCCAAGUGAGGUUUGACCCUUCACUACUUUUUUUCAUCUGUUCACAUCAGUAAAAUAAGUAUCUGAAUUGGAAUAAUCAGAAUUAAACCUAUUCUAUUACUGAAUUUAUAUUUGGUUGGGCAGAUGACAUUCCAUUUGUAGUCAUUAACUUCUAUGAAAAUAAAAAUACCUGCUGAAAGAGUUAAAAUGUGUAUGUGUAAAGUUGUUAUAACUGAUGGUUUUGAAGGAUUUCACCAAGUAAAUUCCUGCUGUUAUGUUGGCAAGUUGCAUGAGCAAGUAAUGGGGAGUCAGGUUGAAAAUGGCCAUUACAAAUACUGAAGUUUGAUUACAGUAUGAGAAAAAAUUUCCUUUCUCUAUUCUGUUUCAUACCU